AUGAUAGACGAUAAUUAUUCUGAUGAUAUUGGAAAUGAAUUUGAGGAAGAAUAUUUAGAUGAUGAUUACGAAGAAAAAAAGGCAAAACCACAACCAUAAAUAAAAAAUGACUUUUGGGAUCCUCAGUAGAAGCCCUCAACAAUAAACACUAGCAAUCAAAAAUCUACAAUCAGCACAGUAAAAAAUAACAUCACUCCAGUAGUAUAAAAAGCAGUGAUUAAGCAAGCAAUUGCUCCUGUUGUUCAAGUUAAUAAUGCAAAACCAACUUAUUAGCUAGAAGAGGAUGAAGAAGAGGGAGACUAUGAAGAUGAUGACUUCGACGAAGAUGAGGAAGAUAAAUUUAAGAAAACUGCAAUGUAAUUCACAAAGCAAUUAGAUACUUUGAAGGCCUAAAAUGAGAUAAGAAAAGCUUAGGUUGAUAAGCUUGAAAAGAAUACAAUUCAAUAGAAAUAAGGAACUUAUUAAAAGCCAACAUAAGAUGAAGAUGAUGAAGAUUAUGAUGAUGAUUUUGAUUAAGAAUAUGAAAAAAUUGUCAAUCAAUAGAAUUAAAAAGUUCAGCCUAAACAUACAUCCUCUGUAAUUCAGCCUACUUCAAAACCAUCGUUGAUUGAUCCAAGGUCAAAGUAAGCAACAAUGAGUAAAAAUGACUUGAAGAGCCAAUAAGAUGUAUAAUCUACUCCUGACAAGAGUGUGACAGCAAAAAUCUAAAAGCACAUUGAAGAUAGAAAUCCAUAUAAGUUUAUUGAAAAGACUUUAGGAGAAGCUAGAGGGAAGUUAGAUAAAAUGAAAGGUACUCCUUAACUUCUUGAAACAUUGACUGAUGUAUUUAUAAUGUUUGUAGCUUACUUUUAUUAGAAUACAAAGAAGAAGAAGUUUUUGAAGUCUGAAAAUAAGCAGUUACGAGAUUAGCUUAAAAAAAUGUCAGAAAAUGUAAACUUGCUGAUUGAAAAGAUGAACUAAGAAACUUUGCGGAAAAAAAGAUUGUAGGGUGGUGGCAACUCUUCUCGACCAGGCUCCUAAAGAAUAAAGGCAAGAGAAAAGGAAAUUCAGAAUACUGAUAAGGCUAUUCAAAAUCUAAUUAAAGAGCAUCAAAGACUAAAGAAACGUUUAGAGGAAGUUUAAUCCCCAGAUUUUUUACUAAAUUUAAAAAAGAAUAUUAGAACUACAGAAUAAGAGAUUAAGAAUUAUGAAAAAAUGCUGCAAUAACUGCAUGUAGAAUAAAUAAGAAGAGAAAAACGAUUAGAUAAGAUUAUUGAAAAAAAUGAGCCAGAAACAAUGAAGUAAAUAAAUGAUCAAACUUCUAGAUUAGCAUAUUUGAAUGAAAAAAUAGCUGAACUAAGAGAGCAGUAUGAUAAAUCUGAGAAACUCAAAGACUAACAAACAGAACAUCUUGAAGAACUAAAAACAAGAUUAGAAAAACUGCAAUAAAUCGCAGAUCAUUAUGGGAUUGAGGUUGAUAAGCAUGACUAGAACAAUAAGGACUAUGAAAAGUUAAAUACUGAUUUGGCUAACCUCGAAAAAUAAAAACGCAUAAUAAAGAGUGCUAUCGAUACAAUGACUAAAAAAUUUGAAGGGGCAAUAAUUGAUAAAAAGAAAGAGUUUGAUCAAUUGUAUAUGAAAAAAGCAAUGAUAUUAAAAAGUUACAAUGAAAAAAUUAAAAUGCUGAGAAUAAAAGGAUAGGAGAUUCAAGAAUUAAUAGAAAAGGCUAAAGCAGGAGCUGAUAAAGGUUUGAUUGAGAUUUUGAAGAAGUAUGAAGAGGCAAAUCAAAAAAUCUUUGAAAAGUAUCCUGAAGGUGAAGAAGUUGAGUUAAGCAUUCUUGAAGCUGCUGCCACAGAGCUCUAAAAAGCAGAGUAAAGUAGGGUAUAUAACGAUACUUAACCAGACGAUAGUGGAUUAGAUAGUGUAAAGAAAGUUAAAAAGAAGAAGAAAGAAAUAGAUGAUGACAUGCAAAAGUAUCUAGAGGAACUUAAACUAAAAGAGUAAGAUAUUUAGGCAAAACUCUAGUCUUAAUAAGACUAGGAAAGAUAAAAAAGGGAAAAUGAAAAUCAAAUCAAGUAAAAAUAGCAGAGAAAUGAAAAAGAAGAAUAAGAUAAGCAAAAGAGAGAUUAAUAAGACAAAAAGUAAAGGGAGGAAGAUGAUAAAAAGUAAAGAGAUAUUGAAAAAAGGCUUUAGGAAUAGAGGGAAAAGUUAGAGUAGGAAAAAGCAUUGCAAAAACAAAGAGAAGAGGAAGAGGUAAGAUAAAGAAAAUAGAAGGAAGAUGAAGAGAGACUAGCUUAAGAAGCAUUGAAUAAAAAACCAAAUAUAGCCAGUAAGCCAUUCAGUCUUAAUAGGAAAGCUUAGUAGCAAAAUUAAACCAAUGUCCAAUAAUAAUAGUCUAUUGCCUAAAAAUAAGAGGUUAAAAAUGGCAAUGAUAUAGAUGAUGAAGUAUAGGAUGAAGUAAAGUCAGAUUAAGAAGACAAGUACCAAUAAUUGAUUGUCCAGAGCACUCCCUAGUAAUAAGAGAGCAACAAAAAGCCAGCAACAUUUUCAAAGCCAGCAUUUAUGAUGAAACCAUCUGUUAAAAAUCCCAGUCAAAAUGAUAUAUAGAACAAUUCAUAGUUAAAUAAUGAUGCAUCAAGAAAUAUAGGAUCUAUACCAGGAGGAUCAAUCUAAAAUUAGAGAGGAGCAGAGCAACAAAAGCCAGUUUCUUUUACUGAGAAAUACGGUAUUGCACCAACAGUUAAUAAUUAAGCCUAAAAUAAUGUUGGCUCAUUCUAAUCUAAUGCUCUUGAUAUAAAUUCUACAAUACCAACUCUCCAAGAAAAUGGCCCAUCUAGAAGAUUAAUUCAAUAACCUUCCUAUGUACCUGGAGCAUAAAGCAGAAUUUCAACUGAAAAGCCAGUAACUAUAACAGAUAGUAGCUAGCAAAAUAAAGAGCCAGUUAAAAGAUAAAUAGUGGACCCAUUCGCAAAAUAUGAUAGCUAUGAUCCACUAGCUAAACUUCAGCCAGCAGGAUAGAGCUAGAUACAACCUCUUGCUAACUAAAAUUAAAUACCUAUCAUCUCUAAUAAUUAAUAAUAAGCUAAAAUUGGAGAGGUAAAGCCACUCUAGUAAUAGCAAUAAAAAAAUCCCUGGGGUGAUCCAGUUUAAUCUGAUUUUAAAGAAAUUCCAAUCCUCAAUAAUAAUAAUUUAGGAGGAGCAGGUGUAUAACCUCUAAAUAAAGGUCUCUGGGGUGAUUAGCCAUUAUCAGAACCUAAAUCAUUAGGAGUCAAUUAAAUAGGUGGUGGCCUUGGAGCUGCCUAGAAGCAAAAUAUAUGGGGUAAUCAGCCAUUAGAACAGCCCAAGAAAAAUCUUUGGGAUGAUAUUCCUCAAGAAUAGCCUAAAUCAAUAAAUUAGCCGACGAUUUUAGGGCAAUAGCAGUAAUAGCCAAAAAGAAGUCUUUGGGAUGAAUAACCUUCAGAAUUUAAAGUACAAGACUCUAAUAUAGUCAAACCAUUGAAUAACAAUAAUUUUGGUGGUGGAAUAGCACCAGUGAAUAAAUACGAUUUUUCAAGCAAAAAUGAUGGAAACUAAAUAUCAAGCUUAGGAGGAGCUGGAAUUGGCUUAGCAGGAGGAAUCGGUGUAAGUGAUACUUAGAACAAGGCACAGCCAAGCAACGACUACUUAAGUAUGAUAGGAGAUAGAAAUACUAGACAGCCUAGAAGAAUGGCUGCCCCAGGUGGAUAGCCCAAAUAAGAUAAGCCCAAGUAAAAUAUAGGUGGUGGAGGAGGAGGUAUUAUGAGUGGUUUAGAUGAAUUAGGGGAUCUAUGA